AUGGCUAUAGAGUCGUGCUACUAUUUGGCAUUUUCUACUCUUGUGGGAUUGUUCUUUCUUUCUUUAUUCUUCGUUUCUUCAACGAAGAAUCAGGUUUACCCAAAAUUGUAUCCCUUAAUUGGUUUCUCAUUGGAAUUCAUAAGAAAUCGCAAGUGGAUUAUCCAGUGGACUAGUGAAAUAUUCGACAAGUUAUUGUCCUCCACAUAUACACUUGAAUUGCCCUUAGGACGAAAUGUCAUAUUCACUAAAGACCCUUCCAAUGUCAAGCAUAUUCUCAAGACGCGCUUCAAUAACUACCAUAAAGAGAGGAUAUUCAUAGAAGCUUUAUCAGAUUUGCUCAGGAAGGGUCUUUUCCUCUCUGAUGGCUCGGAGUGGAAGUCACAAAGACAAUCUUUUCGCCACGAUUUCGAUCCUAAAGUGUUUCAUGCUUUUACAUUUGUUGUAGAAGAAGAGCUCUCGAGUCAUCUUAUCCCUUUUUUAAGUAAUGCAGAAAAAACUGCAUCUACAAUUGAUCUCCAGGAUACAUUUCGUCGAUUCACAUUUUAUUUUGUAUGUCGGAUCGGGUUUGGGUUCGAUCCUAAGUAUUUAUUACCUUCUCUCCCACCAACCCCUUUUGCCGACGCUUUUAAAACUACAGUAAAGUUGAGCAUUUUAAGGUAUAGCACCUUACCCCUGAUAUGGAAGGCUAAAAAGUUCUUUAAUACAAAGUCCGAGAAAAGACUCGCGCUCAUGGUCGAUGAACUUCACAAAUUCCUGGGUAAUAUUAUUGCUAAAAAGAAGGAAAGAUUUGUCGCGGGGGAGGACUUGGAGGACAAGGACGUGUUUGCAAGAAUAGUGAGAAGGGCACAGGGUGAACAACUAGACGAAACAUUUCUUGUUAAUACAGCCGUUAGCUUAGUCCUGGCCGGACAAGACACAAUGUGUUCAGCUUUAACAUGGUUUUUUUGGUCAGUCUUGACUAACCAAAAUGUAGAAAAAGAAAUUGUGAGAGAAAUUAAACAGAACGAUGGACGUCUGAGGGACAUGGUUUACACACAUGCCUCCAUAUAUGAGAGCAUGAGACUUUUCCCGCCCAUUCCACUAGAUUCAAAAGUAGCAGUGGAAGACGAUGUUUGGCCUGAUGGAACAAAAGUGAAAAAGGGGACGAGCAUAAUCUAG